ACAACUUUCCCAGUUAGUACAAGAUGGCUUCGCUAAAUAACACAGGACAGGCCUCUGAGCCUGCAAUUGAUCGUCUUAAACAACUUUAUCCUAUGGUAAAUGAAGAAGAAACACCUCUGCCGCGAUGCUGGAGUCCCAAAGACAAGUACAAUUACAUCGGACUGUCACAAAACAACCUCCGGGUCCACUACAAGGGCCAUGGAAAAACACACAAAGAUGCAGCCAGUGUCAGAGCCACACACUCGAUUCCUGCUGCCUGUGGCCUGUAUUACUUUGAGGUCAAAAUAGUCAGCAAAGGCAGGGAUGGGUACAUGGGUAUUGGCUUAUCUGCUGAAAACGUGAACAUGAACAGAUUACCAGGAUGGGACAAACACUCGUAUGGCUACCACGGAGACGACGGCCACUCGUUUUGUUCCUCUGGAACUGGGCAGCCCUAUGGCCCAACUUUCACAACAGGAGAUGUCGUUGGGUGUGGAAUAAAUUUGAUAGACGGUGUUUGCUUCUACACUAAGAACGGACACAACCUUGGUGUCGCUUUCACAGACCUACCUCCAAAAUUGUAUCCAACCGUUGGACUGCAAACCCCUGGAGAAGUGGUAGAUGCCAACUUCGGGCAGCAGCCUUUUGUGUUUGACCUGGAGGAUGAAAUGAAAGCUCUGCGAGCAAGAACUAGGGCCACUAUUCAAAAUUAUACCAUACCUGGUCCCCCUGGCCAAUGGACCAGCACAUUACAAAAGGUUGUGUGUUCAUAUUUGGUACAUCACGGGUACUGCUCAACUGCCGAGGCCUUCGCUAAGUCUUCUGGUCAACAGUUCAACGAAGAAAUUACUUCGAUAAGAAACAGACAAAGAAUAUUAAGGCUAGUCUUGGCUGGAAAAAUUGGAGAUGCCAUUGCCGACACCCAGCGUCUUUAUCCAGGGCUCCUAGAAUCGGACGCCAAGCUCAUGUUUUUACUCAAGUGCAGGCAGUUCAUUGAAAUGGUCAGCGGUGUUGACGUUUCAGACUCGCAGACGCCACCACGUAUCGGAACACCUCAGCAGCAGUCGGUGAUUCAGUCUACCAAAAGCUACAAGAAGCCUCGUUCAAAUCUAGCAGCAAAUUUCUCCUCCCCUGUUUCAGACAUAAGUGGCUCAGAGGAAAACUCAAACUCUUUGAAUGGAGAGACUGAUGUUGACAUGGAAGCGAACAACCACAACAACGGCUGUCAUCAAGAUGGUCACGAAGACAUGGAGGUUGACACGAAUAAUGCGAAUCAGUCCAAGCAAGGUCUUCUGUGCGGUGGAUCCAAGACAGCAGUCGAAAGGAUGUUGUCGUUUGGUCGAGAACUUUACGCCCUGAGCAUCGAGGUGAAUAGAGACCCCCAGAGCAACCAGAUGCUGCAGGAUGCUUUCUCGCUCUUGGCUUAUUCAGAGCCGUGGAAAUCGCCAGUCGGCUGGCAGCUUGACCCUCAGCAGAGGGAACCAGUUUGUGCAGCACUCAACUCGGCCAUUUUGCAAUCAAAAAAUCUUCCCCGGAGACCACCUCUAGAAAUAGCCCGAGCUCACGCGCAGGAACUAGUUUCGCUGAUGUCACGGUCAGGUCUCGGCUCAUGUGCCUUUGCCAACCUGGAUGAGCUGCUCUCUAUUCCCUGACCGUGGUGCUGACAGUCAACCACCAACACUGCUGGCGGCGAUCUCCUUGACACCUUAGUAAGUACCUCGCCCUCUGCUAGCUCGGAGGAUCUGGAAGAGCUCUAGAACUACCCUCACCUCAAAUUAUCUUGUAUAUCAAAUUCCAAGUGUCAACCGAGAUGCUUGGAGUGGAAGAAUUUUCUACGCGCACUACUUGCAAGCCUACUUUUAUUUACGAUCUAAUAUUUUUAUGAUCACAAUUUUAUUUUGCCAUUGCGUUGCACCUUGGGUUGCCUAGAGAGAUCUUUUUGUUUUCACACUGCUUUCUCCUUCAACCAAGAUCUCUGGCUAGCUGAAAAAAUCUCGGCUUAUUUGCAAAAAAAUUUGUAGAAAUCAGCAGAUAAAUUAAUUGUUGCCAAAGCUUUUUAUACCGCAAAACUCUCACCGUUUUGGUCGCGCUAGAGCCCUUUGGACGAGUUUUUGUCGAACAUUUACUGUUUCCUGUGAAUAGAUGUGUACAGUUUAUAAGCUAACAAACUCAAGAUUGUAACUUAACAUCUAGAUAAUUGUAUAAAAAGGAUUAUUAAAGAUAAUUUUAACGGUGCAGUGAUAGAAAUUUAAACUUGCAAACGAGCCGUUUGUAAUUUGCUGUUUAAGAAAUGAUUUUUUGAGUGCCACUUAUGAAACAAAGAUUUUGUAUCACUACAUUUGUUAAGAUUUUACGACGGUAAAUUUUUUUACUUAAAUGAGCAGAGUUUUUUUAUGGUAGAAGAAUAACAACCAUGUGAAUGAUGUGCUGCUGAGAUGGUGAACAAUUUAUAAUCACACACUGAUGACACAAAAUUGAACUGACAAAAAAGCUGCAUUGGAUUACAAUAUAUGUUAAUUUAAAAUACAAGAGCAAAUUACCGUGGCAAAAUUGAGUUUGAUGUGUUUCUGUGAUGAUAAAUUUAAUCAGAUGCAAAUAAUACGAUUUUACUUACAAAAUCUGAAAAUUUGUUUAUCUAUUUCCAAUUAACCAGAGUGAAAUUUAUGUUUUAAAGAUUCCU